UUUAGCGCGGACUCAACGCCUCUCUCUCUCUCCCUCUGUGAUCAGUGGGUGAGAGGGGGGAGACGAGCAACACACACAGCGGAGAACCCGGCGUGCGCCUCCGCCAUCAUCAUCAUCACCAUCACCAUCACCACCAUCCUGUCAUCACAGCAGCGGUCCUGGAUCUGGAUCCUCUCACCUCGGUCCUGGAGACGCCUGAGUCUGCGGCAGCGCACCAUCUGCUCUAUCUGCAGCCUUCAUCUGAAUGACGGGCGGACGGUUUGACUUCGACGACGGUGGCACUUACUGCGGCGGGUGGGAGGAUGGCAAAGCCCACGGACACGGCAUCUGUACCGGACCUAAGGGCCAGGGCGAGUACGCCGGGUCCUGGUCGCACGGCUUUGAAAUAGUCGGGGUUUACACCUGGCCCAGCGGGAACACCUACAGGGGCUACUGGUCCCAGGGGAAGCGGCACGGGCUCGGUGUGGAGAAUAAAGGCAAAUGGAUGUACCGCGGGGAGUGGAGUCACGGUUUUAAGGGUCGCUACGGCGUCAGGCAGAGCCACAACACACCUGCGAGAUACGACGGCACCUGGAGCAACGGGCUGCAGGAUGGAUACGGCAUCGAAACUUAUGGCGAUGGCGGUACCUAUCAAGGCCAAUGGAUGGGUGGGAUGCGGCACGGCUAUGGCGUGCGUCAGAGUGUUCCCUACGGCAUGGCCACCGUUAUCCGAUCUCCUCUCCGUACAUCCAUGGCCUCCUUGCGCUCCGAGCAGAGCAACGGCGCGGUACUCCAGGACCUCUCCUCUCCCGCAGACACGCCGACAGGCAGCCGUGGUGGCUUCGUCCUUAACUUCCACUCAGACAGUGAGGUUGUCACCGGCAAGAAGAAGGGCCUGUUCCGCCGUGGCUCCCUCUUCGGGAGCCUCAGGCAGCUGCGCAAGUCUGAUUCUCGGACCUCAAUCUCCAGCAAGCGCAGCUCUGCAAGAAGCGACGCCACCAUGAGCCGCAUCAGCUCCAGUGAUGCCAACUCUUCCAUAUCUAUCGGUGACGGCGAGCUGCCAGACGAGGACCUACCUCUGGAGGACCAUGUGGAUGCCACCACGACUGAGACCUACAUGGGCGAAUGGAAGAAUGAUAAACGCAAUGGAUUUGGUGUUUCGGAGAGAUCCAAUGGAAUGAAGUAUGAGGGAGAAUGGCUGAACAACAAGCGCCAUGGGUAUGGAUGCACGGUUUUCCCCGAUGGCACCAAAGAAGAAGGGAAGUACAAAAAUAACGUGCUGGUGCGUGGAAUAAGGAAGCAGUUGAUUCCUCUUAAGAACCCAAAAACCAAAGAGAAAGUUGAUCGGGCUGUGGAGGGGGCACAGAGGGCUGCAGCAAUUGCCAGGAGUAAAGUGGAAAUAGCAGCUUCCAGAACGGCCCAUGCCCGGACAAAGAGUGAGGCUGCAGAGCAGGCCGCUAUCUCUGCCGUGCACGACUCUGAAAUUGCCAGGACGGUUGCCAGGGAGCUCUCCCCCAACUUCUACCAACCAGGACCUGACUACAUAAAACAACAGUUUAAGGAGCCUGUGGAGAUUAAAGAGGUUCCUGUCGAAAAGAAGGACAGCUCCCCGAGAGGUUCUCCUCACUUUUACCGCAAAGGUACGACUCCCCCCCACUCCCCUGUGACCAGUCCUGUGGCCACAUCUCCCCCCUCGCCCCACUCCAGCAAGAAGAAAGGUCAGGUCUCCAACAGCAACAACCGCAAAACCAGUAAAGAGGAAAAACAUUCAGGCAAAGAAGAGAAGCCAAGUCAUAAGACCAGCAAGGACGAGCGAUCUAACAGAAAGCCCAGUAAAGAAGAGAGGCUGCCCGUCACUGAUGGCCCCAAAAGCUCUCAUGUGCACGUCGAGGCUCCACCUAAACCGUCUAAGAUUCAGCAGCCUACCCAAACCUCUGCUCCUCCUCCGCAUCCUCCUGCAGUUCCAGUCAACGGUCAGCUCCACACCCAGUACCACAGUUACUACGUCAAGACCCCAACAAAGAUCCCUCUACCCCCAGACCCAGAGGAGGAUCCAGAGGAAGAGCCUAGUGCCCUGGCCUUGGCACGCAUGCCCCCACAACCCCCCAGGUCCUUUAGCACCCCCACUCCUAAGCCAGCCUCCAUACGGGAGAGCAAGGGCGACCAGAAACUCAGGAAGCAGGAUUCCCUAAAGCCAAAGAGCCUCGCAGACACAAAGAAAGCCAGUAUGGAGAUUGCAGAGAAUGCAGAAGAAAGAGGUCCUAACUCGAUCCUUGUUGCUAUGGUAAUGCUGUUGAAUAUUGGCCUUGCAAUUAUAUUUGUCCAUUUUCUGACAUGAUGAUGCUGUUUCUCUGUGAAGCCAUGGCAACUGGCACAGUUGCAUCACCGGCCUGGAAAAAUGAAAAUGGCGCCAGUGAGACACGGGGGUGGCCAUAGGUGUUUGGGAAUCAGCGUGACACCGAAGAGAAUCUCAAGGAAGGCAUCACUAACACCAACCUGUUAUGGGUCUUCUUAAAGGGCCAGCCCCGUGUAUUAGCACUACUUUGGCUUCUGUAAAAGCUGAGGUGAAAUGUUGUGUCUAGUGAGAUUGAGAAAAAAAAAAAAAAAAAAAAAAAGUUUAAACAUGCAACCAAACGUACACGGUCAGAAAAAAAAGAAGUAAUUGAAACCCACUCGGGUGCUGAUCCAAGCACUGGUCUCCGAAGUCCACUGCCUUGGCAGAGAUAGCGGUGGGCUGGCGGACUUUGUUGGAGGAGAAGAGUGAGAUGCACUUUUAGAUGACGGGAGCAAACAGCUGCCUUUCUAUUUUGCCAUCUGACGUUUUGAUGGGGAGAUGUGAGCCUGGCGACCGGGUAGGCAAUGAGGACAUUCGCAGCGGGAGCGUGCUCGGGUGUGCGGAGCAUUUUCUGGGCUUCACACCCCUCUUGCAAUGAGAAACUGGGCAUGGCCGUUGCCAGCAGUCAGUGCUAGCACGGUCACUAGCCAGUCUUACUCAGUUAACCCAAAUACUACCCCUGCUUUCUCAAGCGCAGUCUAUUGUUACCCAGGAUACACUGCUUUGAAACACUCCCCAUGCAUGGUACAGUUUUAACAUUUGUUUUUGUUUUCUGUUCUACUGUAGCUCUCUUGUUCACUGUGGUUCUCUGAUUGUUGGUUACCUGCAGUCAUACGCUUGUAGUUGAAAAGGAAAUUUCUCAUCUUGGAAUGAGUAAAUGAAUUUGUUUUCCCUUUCGUUUUUUCAAAUUUUACUCAUUUCUAACCAAGUGAGAUGUAACGUGACAUUACACAUUACACAUGUUCCUGAACGUGCAAUAUGUCUAUUUCAAAGGAAAGCUACUAUAUUUUUUGCCAAAAUGGGGUUGUACUAUUAUAAAAAUCCUAUGUUCCAUUUAUUUAGUCAAACUCUCAACAAUUUGAAUAUGCUUGGCUGGAGAAGGUGUUGAUUACCAGCUGGCAUUGUGUUUAAAGGGGAGGUUGAGACUGAAGUAGCAAAUGUCUUAUGUCUGUUAUUUAUUAAAAUAGAAGGGUGAUUAUUUCAUGCCUUGAAUUCUUUCAUUCUGUUCUUUGCUUUCAUUCUUUUAGUAUACUUUUAAAAUGCAAAAAUUCAUUUCAUGCAGCUGCUUCUAGAAGUGCUUACAUGCUUAUGAGACUGGUCUGGAAUAGUCUUGUGGAUGGUUUAAGUUAUAUUCAGGUUGAGGCCUCGGGGGGGUGGGGGGCGCGGGUAAGGAGAAAAUGCCUUUAAAAAGUCUUUAACAGUACUACUGUUUACCUCGGAUAAAGAUGAGGAAACGGGGGGGAAGGAAAAGGGACGCCAUCCUUGUCUUAACUUUGUUGUGUGAGGGGGACACUUGACUGCUGUCAUCUCCUCAGUCAUGCCUUUAACUUGCUUCAUCGUAGCUGUUUGUAGUCUUUGUGGCGGGUAUGGCAUGAAUUUCUUUGAUUUAAAAGUGGUUAUUUAUAUGGUUGGCGUGAGCUGUCAUCGACAACCGAGAUAAAUUAUUUAUACGUUACAUUGUACAAAUGAUGUGUUUGUGAACGCUAAUCAUCAUUAACAAAAAAAAAAAAAAAAAAGGGCUUUAAUACGUCUAUGGAUUUGUUUGCUGCAGUACGACAUGACUACAGUAGAUUUUCUGUCACAAUAUAAGCAGCACAUUACAUUUAUGGAAUGCCGGUUGGGUGUUGGCAAUGUGUCCUUAUAACUUAUAGAAAACUGCUAAAAAAAUAUUUACAGUAAAAGCAGACCAAGAAAAUAAAGUGACUAAACAUGAAAUGAUUUGCCCUUCUUUGCCCUCUUUUUCUUUGUUUACUCUGUCUUCACAUAAGCAUGGUGAGGACUGGAGUGUCAGAGGGUUUCACUGAACAGCCUGUGUAUGGGAUAUUUUUCUGAAAUGCAACAUUGCAUGUUGGAGACGUUUAUAUAUAGAUUAUUAUAUACUAUUUGUAAGGAUUUUUACAGAGCACAAUCCAGAAUCUGGUAUGAGUUGGUAUUUUUCUAACAAUUUGCACACCUGUAUUUUGACAAUGAAUAUAAUUUUGUUUGUAAUUGGUAACGUGAUGCACAUAUGAUAAUGUCUGAAGGUGGAAAAAAAAAAAUCUUUAUUUCUAAUUGGUUGUACUGUAUGUACCAUUUGGGGAUAUGAAAGACAGAUGUACUUGUUUGAGUAUUUUAGGACAUAACGAGGAACUGCAGGAGACUUUUGAUAUCUCAAGGUUCAUGUUGCCCCACUGAUUUGUGCAAAGUCUUUGGAGAUCAAGUUAUGUGUAUAACAAUAAAGAUGUUAUGCCUCGUUAAACUACA